GCCAUUGCUAUUGCCAUGGCUGCUUCUACUACCUCUCUCCCUUUCUCCAAACCCGAACCUGAUAACUUCUACAACCUCAACUCCACUACUACAACAACCAACAACGUUGUUCCGUUUGUUUCAAAUCCCAAUUCUACUAAUGAUAAUUUUCUCAUGCACCAAAACACAAACACCAUGGAUUCUAUUUCAAAUCCACACCCUUUCUUCCACAACAACAACAACUACUUCUUCAACAAUAGCAACAGCAAUAAUAACCCUUUUGAAAUGGGAUUCGAAAAUGGAUUCUUUAUGGGAAACAACAACAACACCAACGCUUCCAAUUCACCUGUUUUUAUGGGUGCCUCCCUCGACCUGACUUCCGCUUCCGAGUUUCCACCGACUCUUGAACUCGAUGCUUCUGUACCACCUUUUAGUGCUUCGUUUUCUAUGCCUCUUGAGCUCUCUCAACCGCAACCUCAACAGCAGCAGCAACAACAGCAGCCGACCACGCUGUUUCAGAAGCGGCGAGGGGCGUUGGAGAUUCCGAGAUUGGAGACGGUGGGGAACAAGAAGAAGAGAAAGGUGGAGAAAAAAUGGGAGGAAGAUGGAAAUGGUGGUGGUGAGGAUGAUGUUGAGGAUUUCUCUGAGUUGAAUUAUGAUUCUGAUGAGAAUGGAAAUGAUUUGAACAAUUCCAAUGGGACUGUUGUUACUGGUGGAGAUCAAAAGGGGAAGAAGAAGAAGGGGCUUCCUGCCAAAAAUCUCAUGGCCGAGAGGCAUCGAAGGAAGAAACUCAAUGAUAGGUUGUACAUGCUUAGGUCUGUUGUGCCAAAGAUUAGCAAGAUGGACAGGGCUUCAAUACUUGGUGAUGCAGUUGACUACUUGAAGGAGCUACUGCAGCGGAUUAACAAUCUUCAUAACGAACUGGAAUCAACUCCUCCUGGCUCAUUGCUGUAACCUUCUGCAAGUGCAAGCUUUCACCCAUUGACACCCACUCCACCGACUCUUCCUUGCCGAGUCAAGGAAGAUCUAUAUCCUGGUGACUUGCUAAGCCCCAAAAACCAAUCUCCUAAGGUAAUUUUUGUUUGUCUUAACGCGAAUUUGUUCUAAGAAUCUAUCAG